AUAUGGAACCAUAUUUUGAUAAUGACUCAGCAAGACCUAGAAGCUCUGGGAUAAUUAGGACAAACGGAAACAAUAGAGCAUGCUUUCGGAGCCUUGAAUUCGUUGUGAGAUACAAAGAAAAUAUAAGAAUGAUGAAGCUUAAUGACUCUAAUUUUUCGAAAAAUUUCCGCCCAUCCUUUGGGGGUCUAAUCAAUCUCAAAAUUGGAAAUUAUGAUACAGAUAGUAUAGUGAAAAGAUCAGUUUUUGCAAAUAUUGAGAAUUUUUAUAAAGUAUGAACUAUUGAUAUAGUUCUCACACCAAAAGGGGCAAAUAACAAGCAUUUCAAGCGUUUCAUUCAAACCUCUAUGACUGAUAUUGAUUGCAUCUAUCUAAGGUCAAAGUACUGAUUAUAUAAAAGACCCAAUUUAAGUUACAUUUUUCUGCCUUUUACCAAGAUAUGCUCAAGACUCACCAAGAAAAUUGUGAUCGACAACAUGGAUGUUUCUGAAAAACAGUUCUUCAGAAUAAUUUACAGUGGAAGUCAAUGCCAAGAGAUACAUUUUACCAAUUGUUCUAUCAAAGCAGAAAUAAUGAUCCCACGCUCUGAAGGUAAGUCUCGGCUGAAGAAACUGGUCUUGUCGUAUUGGGACUUUGAGAAGUGUAAUUAUGACGAAAAGCUGCGCUUUAUCUUCCUAUUAACACAUAUUAAACGGUCUGAGUUCUUUCAUGCUUUAGAGCAUGUCGAAAUCAGCAAGCCAGAUCUUCAAGCACUACUAAAGACUAUCUCUACCCAUCUCACUAAUUCACCCCUAUAAAUUAACUUUCAAC